AUGACUUCGGCAGAAUUUCACAACGAAAAAUUUGACCAUACACUCGGCUCAACUUUCAGCUCCGCCACAAAGGUAGUUAUGUAUGGAGCUCACGAUUUGGAACAAGAACAAGAGAGUAUUCCAGAGAUACAUCCCGCGAUAUUGACCCCGAAUGUUACGGAGGCCUCUGUGCUACCCAUGAAGCUCAUGAAUGAGAUACCCAACUUGCCACCAGCUGAUAAGGGAUUCUUAGCUUGGCGAUUUCUCUUUGUGAUAUUCUGGGUGGAUGCCCUUUUUUGGGGCCCUGCGUUAUCAUUUAGUGUGCUACUCACUUAUCCGCCAUACACAAAUAUGAAUCCGGCAGCAGCAGCAUCAACAGGUAUCGUGUUCACUGUUAUCUUACCUCAUGAAUCGCGCCUCUGUGUUUGGGCUCAUCUACCCGCCCAUAAUGGAUUGGGCCCUUGGUCGAUAUGGCAUGCCGUUCACUUUUCGGGCUAUGACACUAGCUUGGCUUAUAUGUGUUGUACCUAUAUUACCCUUCUAUCAUUCCUACAAAGCUUGGCUUUCUUUGUUCCAAUACUAUACAUCCCUUCCUUUGCAAAAUCCAUCGGGCACGACGGAGGAAUAUAUCUUGGUAUCUUUUCCGGAACAAGUAUCUUUGGGCAAAUGGUCGUCGGAACACUAAGUGAUUACUGGGAUGUCAGUUGGCUCAUCGGAAUCACCUCAAUUACCAGUGCAGCCAGUAUACUUGGCCUAUGGAGAUUUUGUAACGGGCUUUUGAUGCUGGCAAGCUUCACCACAAUUUAUGGUCUAACUGCCGGUGGUUAUUCUUGCCUCUGGCAACGCUUUGUCAAUUUGAUUGAUCCAGAGGACUCAAAUCCGGCUAAUCUGAUUGUCAUCUUUGUAACAUGCAGAGGUAUUGCCAAUAUUGCAACAGGUCCGAUUUCAGGCACACUCUUGAGCUCUGCUAGCUCUGAAACCAAUGGUUACCGUAUUCUGAUGUACUACAGCGGGGCACUCAUGCUCCUUAGCUCGUUUGGUGUGGUUUGUUACUUUUUGAAGAAAAGAGAACAUAAAGUGUAA